AUGGCCGCUGUUUCAUCAACUCCCACGGGAGCUGCGGCCUUGACACCGCUGAGCGGCAGCCAUGGGGAGGGCGUCUGGGAUUACCCCGGUGCGCAGCCAGAAGUAAGAAUAAAUUUGCCAUCCGCAGACUCUUGGAUACGAGAUUAUACACGACCUGCGGUGCCUCCCUUUCCUGCGCGUAUCUCCGCCAUUGGCUCAACAGGGUUCGCUAAUGAAAUCCAUUCACAGAAGACAUCGCAAGACGGUCAGAACGAACCUCGCCCCGAUGAACCCUCUCGCGGUGCUGUCGGCUCGCAGAACGGCAACGCUUUGUCUUCUUCCUACGCCCAAGCCGGCAACGAUUUUGAAAUGGCUGCUCGCAAAACGCACUCCUCCGACAACCUCAACGUGUCUAAAUGGGAUAAAUCAGGAGAUGGAAACGCUGGGCUCUCCCCGGCGUUGGCAGUUGAGUCUAGACAAGGCCAACCGAACCCUUCCGAAGAUGCGAUUUCCGGAAAGCACGGUGGGUCAGAAGAGCACAGGCGGCAUAUUCAACAGACCCUGGGCUUCGAGUACAGCGAGGAAGAUUCCAAAUGGAUUCAUCGAGACAAGUUGGCCAAAAUUGAAAGUGAAGAGCUGCAAGCCGCCGGCUUCAUAAUGCCCAGGGUCCGAGCCUCCAGCAAGCAAAGACGGCCCCGCGGUCAGAAUUCGAUCGAUAUCGAUAAUCAGCAUCAAAACCGACAGCGCCACGAUUCUGCUGUCAUGGGUCAAGUUGGCGAGGAGUCGUACUCUUCUCCCUGCUGGGAUUUGCGAACGCCAGAAGAGAUUGCUGAAGAGGAGGCCAAUGCCUAUUUUUCCUCGCAGAGUCUGAGGGGAGGCACCAAGAUUCCGGUAGCCAAGAUUAGCCCUGCCCCCAUCCCACAAGAUUACCUGGAGCGUGGCUCUCCUUCGGUUCGACGGAUCGAGUCAAUGGACGGCGAUACCAUUGCCUACACUAAAACGCGAUCGCGAAGCGCGAGUGCUUCUACCAGGGACUUUGAGGCAGUCCACAACGGCAGUCGGUCGGCCACCGCAAAGCGAUCCGUGACGGAGAGCUCCCCAAAGAAGACCACGGUACGAAAAACUUCGACUGCAUCAAAGACCAGCACAACUCCCAGCAGGCCAAAAACCAGGUCCGGCCCUAAUCGGGAUGUCAGUGGAACCCGCCCAUCCACACGAUCUGGGGAACCGUCUGCUGCCAGCAAGCAGCCCGAAGGUGACCCACCAUGGGUGUUUGACUCAUACAAGCCCGACCCGCGAUUGCCUCCGGACCAGCAGCUACUACCCACGGUGGCCAAGCGUCUACAGCAAGAAAGGUGGGAGAAGGAAGGGAAAUUUGGUGACGUCUAUGACAAGGAAUUUCGCCCCCUGAACGACCAUGAGUUCCCGAGACCGCAAGAGAAGGAACCUGUCCCCCCUGAAGUGGAAGAUCUGUCGCAGGCAGGAGACUGGCCGCUGAAAUCAGGCAUUGCCAAGAGUCCAAAGCAGGGCUCGUACUCAACGAUGCCCAAGAUAUCGGACAAACCUGCAGUCACCGCAGUAGCGAAUCCCAAACCCCCCGGACCGCAGCCCAUCCCGCAGCCUGAAGAUGUUGGUGAGCCGACGAUACAAGCAGAGCAAGAAGCUAAGAAGAAGGCCGGUUGCGGAUGCUGUGUCAUCAUGUAA